UACUUUACCACUUCACUUACUGUCCGGCCGUUGUAUAUAAACGGCUGGACAGUAGCAGUGCAGGGGCGGGUGGACGUUUAUAAAUGGCCCCCUGCUUGUGCCCACUCCCUGGGAGCGCGCGCAGCACCACAAUCCGGUACCCGCUGUGUCCUCUGGACACUGGAACACUGAUCGUCGUACGGGACCUCUGUGCGAGGUCCCGAUCAUGUGAUCACGGAUUGGCCAAUAAGUGAUCACAUGCAGAAGUAGUAAGCAAGAUGUCACUUCUGACAUCAUUGCUUACUACGUGUGAAAUCUGUGAAUGACCACAGAGGUCACAUGGUACAGGGCUAUUCACAACAGCCUUGUACCA